UAAUAACAAGACGCUCUUUCAUGUCGAGUCGGCUUCGGAAGCAGACUCGAGUUGGCACUGGCGGUACCCAAUCCGUUACCCUUGCGAACUUGUUCCCAUGCUUUGGCUGGGGUUCUUGGUGUCCAAUUUGUUCGCCCUCUGUUCCCUUAGCAGGGCGGGGCCGAGGAUCCUCCAAGUCAAUUACAAUCUAUUGCGCUACAUACUGCUUCGUGCGGGACGAUGGCGCUUCGGGAUGGUUGUGGUUCUCUAGUGGCGGACUCGUCCACCUUCUUGACAGGCUGUCUCUAUGGGCACGGUGUGGCCUCGUUGGCGCGCCGAUACAAUCAUAGGCGCACGGAUUCCUUCCGGCGGUAAGGGGCUCGCGCGCGAGUCUGUAUGCCUUGGGGGCUACGUUAGCGCUAUGCUAUCGUUCGCCACGCGCUCCUGGGGAGGGCUUUGCUUGUCGCUAGCCACGGCAGGCAUUGCUAGGUCUAGUGCCUCUAGUGAGACUUUGGUGCCCGUGGAGGCGGAAGGGGGCCGCAAAGGGGCGGCUGUUCGUGCUCGGUCUUCGGUUGUUGGUCAGUAUCCGGGAGUACGUAAUGCCCUUGUUGCGGGCUUCUGUGGGUUAUUGUUUGGCUUGUCCCGCGGGACGCACUACCGGGGAUGGCCCCCUGCUCUUUCAGUUGUGCGCCUCUGCGUCCAGUUGCAACGGCUUCUACUUUUGACCCGUUACACGGAGCAGUCUCUCCCGGCGGGCAGGGACGUACUCGAAGAUGUUGCUCGCGUUUGGCUGGCGCUCGGGCGCUUUUGGUUUUGUGUCACGGAGACCGCUGCGCGCGCCGGGGCGGUUUGUGUCCAGGGCACCUACGUUUCAAGUUUUGCCGGCUUUGAGGCUUUGCUGCGUUUAUUCUGGCGGAAUUGGUGUCAUCACUGUAUUGCCGGAUCCGGAUGUGGUUCGCUUUUUCGCGGUUACUUGGAGCUCGCCUUCCGUGCGGGCUAUAGCUCCGAAGUAGGGGCCGGGGCAAGUGGGGCUGGGCUGGCGCUUCUCUCCCCCCAUUCAACCACCUGCGGUGGGGUUCUGGGGGGUCUUGCCUGUUGGCCAGGUGGUGGUGGAGUGGGUCGUUCCCUGCUGCGGGAGCGAGGGUUCGACCCGCUCGACCCAGACCCAAUGGCGCCGUCCAACGGGUUACUCGGGUUGGUUUGGCGCAUAGGAUAACAGAUGGAAGGAACGCAACGAAAAACAAGACGCUCUUUCAUGUCGAGUCGGCUUCGGAAGCAGACACAGAUCGACUAAAGCAAUGGCGAAACGGCUUCGCAAUCGUAAAGCAAUACCAGCUGCCUCUGCCGAAAGUCAAAGCAAAAAUUUCAGCUUCAAUACUCAUUUCAAUAUGGCUUUCCCUCGGAUGGAAGUGGCAGGUUUUGCUUUUGACAAAUCGACAGCAACAUAAAUACGAAAAUAAGUGGCGCAAAAUGAUAUGAGUAAAGUUGAAGACUGGUGAACUCUUCGUGAGCUUCACAACAUUUGAUGGAGCUUCAAACUCCACCCGCUUCAGUGAUGCACAGCGCUCGAGAUUUUUGCGCUUUCAUUGUUCGCUUUUCGAACAAUUAAUGUUUAUG